AUGACAGGUUGCAAUGGAGCCGUCGGAAACUCACCCGAGGAAUUCACCUACGACCAAAACGAGCUCGUCUCAAGGUGGGUCAUCGACGCAGAACAAGAGCCUCCCGAGGCAGAAACCAAGUGGUGGCUUCAUGCGAAAGCUGUCACAUUCCCCGAGUUCUUCAACAAAAACACUGACGACUUGUUGUCACUGGAGCUCGUCCCUAUGCCAGAAGCCGGAAAUCACGGAGCCUGUGUUGCCUACUAUCACAGCGAGGACGCACAGGUCAUGAGAGAUUUGUACAGAAAGCACGGGUGGCCGCAAGCUUUUCCCAGGGAGGAAUUUCGUCAAGCUGCGGCACCCGAUCGUCUGGCUGCUAUACGCAAGAUGUUUCCCAGAUCAGAAUCGGACCCGGAGGAGUUGGAGGCGUUAGAGAAUGAGAUUCUUGAAUCGCAACGCCAGUGA